GCGGCUCGGCUGAGAAGCUGCUGCCCCCAUCAGCCAAUAGGCGGCUGGUCCAUCACCGCGCACAUCCAAUCAGCUGUUGGCUGAUGUUCUGCAUCCCUCAUCCUGAGACAUCCUGAGCAGCGCUCUCAGAUCUGCUCUUGUUUCUCUGCUCUGUUCGGUCUGCCCCCCCCCCCUACCCCUGUCCGGUGAUGGAAAACCCCCGCUGCUUCGCCAACCGCUUCUCGGACUACAGAGGCGCGCUGCUGCCGGGCCAGACCGCCGAGGCCGUCGUUCCAGCCAUCGUCUCCACCAUCGAGAGAAUCCUCCAGAAGGUCCCCGUCGACCUGAGCGACUGUGACGGGGGGCUGUACGACGGGCCGGCCGGGGUGGCCUACAUGCUGUACCACGCCAGCGAGUGCCCGGCGCUGUGCGCGCAGCGGGGGCUCUACCUGAGGAGCGCGAAGCGGAUCGCGGACGCGUCGGUCCGCUGGGCGGACGCGGAGCCGGACGGAAACACGCGCGCGGCUUUCCUGCUGGGCGGGGCGGGCAUCUACGCGGUUGCCGCCCUGAUAUACAAAGCCAUGGGUCUGGCGGAUUUCGUCAAGCCGCUGACCAAGUUCCGGAACCUGUGGGAGGUGUGCGCGCCCAUCAGCUUCCUGGAGUGCGGCUCGGAUGAGCUGUUCGUGGGGCGGGCCGGCUACCUGUGCGCUGCCCUGGUCCUCAAACAGAAGCUGGGCAUAGAGAUUCUGAGCAAAGAUCAAAUCAAAUCCAUUUGCCAGGCCAUCAUCGAGUCGGGGAAACAGUAUGCCAGGAGGAAGAGAAAGCCUUUCCCACUUAUGUACUCCUAUUAUGGAACCGAGUACCUCGGUGCCGCCCACGGCCUCUCGUCGGUGCUGCAGAUGCUGCUGAGCUACCAGGAUGUGCUGAGCGGGCCGGAGAGGGACCUGGUGUGGCAGAGCGUGGACUUCCUCAUGAACCAGGAGCAGAACUGCAACUGGCCCGCCGAGCUGGGGGCCAUCAUCGAGAGGGAGAACGAGCUGGUGCACUGGUGCCAUGGAGCCCCGGGUACGCCCUCAGCUCUUUCCGGAACUCUGCCCCCCGCUCCGGCACCGCUGCACCUCAGCGUUACAGUCCUGUCUCGCUCCACUUGUGCAGGUGUGGCGUACCUUUUUGCGAAGGCCUACCUGAUCAAUAAGAAGCCUCAGUAUCUGGACACAUGCAUCCGCAGCGGGGAGCUGGUGUGGCAGAAGGGCCUGCUGAAGAAAGGACCCGGGAUUUGUCACGGAGUUGCCGGAAGUGCUUACGUCUUCCUCCUGCUUUAUCGGCUCACCGGCAACUCAAAAUACAUCUAUCGCGCUCAAAGGCAAGAAAUCUUUUCAGAGAUCUCUCUUCCCUGCAGGUUUGCAGAGUUCAUCUUCACUGAGGAGUUUAAGACAGGCUCUCACUCCGUCACCAGCGUCUGCAGUCUGUUUGAGGGCCUGUCGGGCACCGUUUGUUUCCUGGUUGACCUCCUGCAGCCGGACCAGUCAGAGUUCCCUCUGUUCAGUGUCUUUGUGUGA